UUUCCUUAGAAUUAUUUUGUUGAUCAACAAAAAUGAAUAGAAAUGUUACGAGAGAAAGCAAGAGGAAACAAAGUAAUAAUUUUAAUCGAUUUAAACUCUUGACGUCAGGAAAAAAAAAUUAUCAUGAUGUUUUUAAUAAGAAAAUAAAAUUAACUAAUGUGCCAUAUAUGAAUACAAGAUCAGUGACUAAAAAAAUGUAUAAUAUUGGAGCUACAUAUCAUGCACCGAAUAUCAAUGAUGAAAUACAGUGGAGAGAAUGGCCAGUUCAUGGAAUGCAUGAGAGACCAAUUUUUCAUCCCCAGGUUGGUUUAGCAACAGAAUUUUUUGGACACAAAUUUGUCAGCAUAGAUGGACUUAUUUAUAAGGAAAUAUCACAAUCUCUUUUGGAAAUGGAGAAGAAGGUAGAUCAUUCCUAUUUAGUUAAAAAACAAAAUCAUCGUGAAAAGUCGAAAAGAAAGAUGGAAGAUUCUUUUGAAAAUUGUAUGCAUGACAGUUUUCAUGCUGUAUUGGCUUAUUCAGCACAGAUAGUAGCACCUUAUUAUCAGAAAUUUUUUGAUAAUAUAAAAAAGAAAAAUUCUGAAAGUGACCACACACUAACUUCAAGAAAUUCUACAAACACUACAAACUCCUUUAUGUCAUCUGAAUUAAAUUCACCAAAUUACUCGCAGUCAUUGAAUGUUAGAAACUCACACAAUCAAUGGAAAGGACAAAUGAAGAAUCCAUUAAACUUGAAGUGCAUUCAAAAUCAUGCCAAACUUCAGCAAGUUUUAGAGCGUCGUAACCCUAAAAAUACAUUAAUUUUACUCAAAACUCUUGAUCCAAAUCUGAAAAAAGAUAACAAUAUUUCAACAUCGAUUAAUAAACUAGAACAAAUAAAAUAUCCUUCAUUAUCUUCUACAUCUACAAGUUAUGAAAAAAAAGACUACACUGUCAACAAAAAAUUAACCCACUUGAGUGACAUGAAAUUUGAUUCUAAUAAAGAAAAUCACAGUUUAUCUGAACAAAAAUCUAUUCAUGAUAGCAAUCAAGAAGUUGAGAAUGAUAAAGCAAAUAAAUACUACAAUCCUCAAUUAAUUGGUAAUGAAAAUAAUGAAAAUAAAAAUUGGCUUCAAGAAUUAAUUCAAGACACAGCAAUACUUUAUUGUACAGCAGUUGGAGUACAUCAAGAUGAUCUGGUAGAGUAUCUCAAUAAUUUAGAUUCAAAUCAAUGUAUGAAUUGGUUAAAUUCUUAAUUCUUCAUUAUUUAUUUUUGCCUUUGCUCAUGAAUUAUUUUAUAUCAUAAAAUUUAUU